AUGAAACAGCUGAUGGAAUUAUCCUAUGUCAUGUUACUAUUGGCCCUGGCGGCCGUGAAGGCUGAUGAAGACAACGAUGGUGGCGAGAGCAGCUUGGUAGAAUCCUGUGAACAGGAGGACUUCUAUUGCGACUACGAAGAUCCGUCCGUGUUUUACAGAUGCAUUGACCAUGUGCUUCACACAUUCCGUUGUCCCAGUGGGUUACAUUUCAGCGCGGGAACACAAACUUGCGACUGGCCUCACGUGGCAGACUGCUCGGGUGGUGAAGCAGCUAGCGACUCCUCCAGCAGUCAACAGAGUGACUCUGAUGACAGCAGUCCCAGCAGUGAAGAAUCCCAAAGCGGUGGCAUUCCCAACCACAGCAACAUCGUGUCUCUUGAUAAAGACAGCGUUAAAGCGUCCGACGACGCUGGAGUUUCAAUACAGAACUCGUGGAUCAAUCAAGCAGCAGCCGCUGGCAAGUCUUGGUGGCGACCCGAAGGAAUCAAGCCACAUCAGUGGCAGGAUGUCAGUAGCAUCAAGAAGCCAGAUUUCAAGCCACACGUUCCAGACAAGCCAAAAUCGGAGGCGGAGAGCCCUCCAAAGCCGUCAGAAGAUGACAGUCCUCCACAGAAGUCAGAAGAUGACAGUCCUCCACAGAAGUCAGAAGAUGACAAACCUCCACAGAAGUCAGAAGAUGACAGUCCUCUACAGAAGUCAGAAGAGGAGAGCCCUCGAAAAAAGACAGAUGGAAAGAGUUCAGAGGAGUCAGCUCCGAAAAAGGCGGAUCCUGUCAGUGCACAAUCAGCACCUGCCGGGAAGCAGGAAUCAGCCAGCGUGCAGUGGAACGAAGGAUCCUGCUCCUCAAGCUGUCAACUACCACACUGCUACUGUGCGGGCACCUCCAUUCCAAAAGAUCUCCCUGUAAAGUCUGUACCCCAGAUGGUAAUGUUGACUUUCGAUGACGAAGUUUCUGCUGCCUUUUAUGGUUACUAUCAAAGACUCUUCAGACCAGGGCGAUACAACCCUAAUGGAUGCCCAAUUCGAGGCUGCCUGUUUGUGUCGGGAAGCGGAACCAAUUACGACCUUGUCUACCCACUUUAUGCCAUGGGCGUCGAGAUUGCCAGUCAUACGAUCUCACACAGGUUUCCACAUACAUGGUGGGCCACGGCGUCGUAUCAAGAGUUCGUCGACGAAGCUGUUGGCAUGCGAGAGAACCUCAUCAAACGGUCUGGAAUUCCCAGGGAGUCCGUGAAAGGAUUCAGAGUUCCAUUUCUGCAGCUGGGAAGUGACAACAUGUACAGCGCCUUGUACGAUUCCAAAUUUGUCUAUGAUACCUCCAUGUUUACCGGAAGUCAGUGGGAAGGCGGUGACCCAGUGUGGCCUUUCACCCUGGACUACGUGCCUAGCAACACCCACUGCCAGCACGGACCCUGCCCGACAAAACAAUACCCUGGCAUGUGGGAGAUACCGGUACAAAGGUGGUACGGGUUAGACGGCCACUCAUGUGCCAUGCCGGAUGGCUGCAGCAGUACAGGCGACGCUGAAGAAACGUUGGAGUACUUGAAGUCUAAUUUUAGACGUUUCUACAACUCGAACCGUGCACCGUUUGGUAUUUUCGUGCACGCCCGUUGGUUCAAUUCCGAGCACAACCUGGAGGGCUUGGACAGGUUCAUCGACUACUUGCUGACUCUUGAUGACGUGUACUUUGUCACACCCAGUCAGGUGAUCGACUGGAUGAAGAACCCAACUCCUUUGAGUGAAAUCAACGGUUUUGGACCCUGGUCCUGUCAAGGAGGUGCAAAAGAUAAUUAG